CAAAUGCUUCAUUUGACUUCGAGAAAGAGAGACUGAAUGUUUAUCUGGCAAUUUGAGUAGAUAGUUUCGUUGAUUGAAAUCAGUAAAAGUAUUUUCACCAUAAAACUUGCUAAACUUAAAUAAAUAAUAUUUUUAUGUUAAAAAAAAUGUGUUCAACUAUUAUAUUAGCAAACAAGUGACAGUGAAAUUAAUAAACUUAAGACAUCUCUCCUACUUCACAUCUAGCAUUUGAAGGUCCAAAACGACCGUUACAAAAGUCAACAUUCAGUUUUCUAGUUGCAUUAAUACAAAACAUUGAGGUAUAAUGGGAAAUUAUACAAGUAAAUUGUUUUCACAUCAUCAUGAUGAUAAUAAAAUGAAAUUACCUACAACUAUUAAAUUAGGAGUAAUGGAAAAAAAUCAGCCAUGCACUCCAAUUAUGACUAAAAAACCAUUAACAGCUGAUCCUAGAUCAGCUACAGCUGAAAUUGUCAGAACUCCAAUCGAGGCUGUUGCAACCCCAACUGGUCCUAAUCAACGAAUAGCAAGUGCCAUACCUAAAUAUCUUCGAACUAAACAAUACCUUGAAACUGACAUUGAUAGUGUAUUAACUACAAUCAAUCCAGAAACUGAACUUUUUGACCCCAGAUCUCCGAAUGUUGAUCACCAAAGAACACCUAUUUCAAUAAAUCCUCCACAAAAUUAUUUAACUCCCAUUGUGCACGUACAGCAAGCAUUAAACAUGGAUACACCAGAAAAUACAGCAAAUGGUUUAGAUCCAAGAUCACCAGCUACUGAUUUCGAUAGAACACCGAUAAUGAAACCAAAAUCUCCUAAACUUCCAAAUUUAUCGCAAGAGAAUGGAGAAGAGAAAGGCAGAAUAUCAAAAUCACAAAUAGCUUAUUGUGAAACUACUAUUGAUUUAAUGCCAGAAAUCCAAGUCCUUCCAGAAAUUAUUUCGCAUAAAUCAUCGAUGAUAAGUAAACGAUUAUAUUUGAGUGCAACCACUGAUAAUCAGCUGGAUAACACUUCUGAUAAUAAAUUUGGCUCAGAUGAAAGUGAUCCAGAAGAUCAAGUAACAGUAAUUCAAAAUGUUAGAUCUGUAUCUAACAUAGAACUGACGAAUUCCCCUGCUAAAGAGAAUAAUCAAAAAGAAAUGAAUAGAAAUAUCGUUGAACCGACUAAUAUUUCAAAAAAAUUAUUUACGGAAUCUGAAGAAAAAAUUCGAGUCUGGAGAGAUUCAAUAUCACCUGAAAUAUUAAGCGAACAAAAGACUGAAGGAUUUGCGAAACGAGAAGAAAUUAUGAUUGAGUUUGACGAGAAUCAAUUAGUUCACAAGUCUAAUCAAUUGAAGACUGAGGUCGUUUCAUCAAAAGUUGAUGAGAAUCUGAGAAAUAAAGCUUCAGGUGGAAAGAAAAAGAAAUCUCAUCAAUCUAGAAAAGACAAUAAAAUCGUCUUCGAAGAUGUGAAAGCAUUUAACGGAGAUGGAGCGACUGUAAGUGCCAAUAAAAAUCGUACACCUUUAGCAAAUAGAUCGAAUAGUCAUCAUAAAGUAGAAAAUCUUACAAAGUCACCUCAACAUUUACUCAGAAAUAAAUGCCUUUCGACUCAAUCACAACAACAAGAAAAUACUCCACCACGGAGUAAACAAUCAUCAAAGAAAGCAAAUUUUACACAUUGGGAUAUGGAUAAAACAGUUAUCAUUUAAUUUUCAUUUUGUUUCAUAACAAUUUACGUUUUCAAUUGUAAAGCAACAUUGAAUUUUUUUUAAUCAAUUUUUUUUGUACCCUUAUUCGAAUAAGAUGAAACGAAUUUUCAAUUUUUCCAUGAAAAAUUAUCAAUCAUUGCAAGCGUUAAAUGUUUUGAUUUUAAUUAUAAUUAUCUUCUUAUUUAUAGUGGUGAUAAUUUUUUUUAUUCACCAAACUUUUUAGUUA